AUGGACGUGCUAUUGGAGUGUGAAAAACAUAACCUUCAUGAAGGAAUUAAAAAGGAAACCGGUCAGCUGGACUUGGAGUCCUGGAGACAGAACAAUGCCUGCACUCUGAAGGACGGAUGGCGAUGUAGCAGUCGUGGCGAGUUUGCAUCACCCUCAGAUUCGUCGUCGCCCUCAUCGACGUCAUCGCCAGUGUCGCCGUCGCCGGUGUCACCGUCAUCGACGUCGUCGCCGGUGUCGCGGUGCGGAUGCUGGGGCAGCAAUCAGGUCUAUCUGCAGUACAAGGCGCCCGCCACUGGCUGGUACAGCGCCUCGCCUUUCGACAAAUACCUAUAUAACCGCAGCCUUGACAUCUCCGGCAAGGUGGUUCACUAUCUCUUAGAGUACAGGUCCGGACCCAAGUACUGGCUACUCAUGGAGAAGAGGACUGAUGGAGAGACAGUAGUGGUGAGCAACAAGCGGGAGAAGAAGAUCCUCGUGUCUUGCCCUACUCGAUGUUCCUGUCGGAAGAUAUUAGUGGAACGGACAGUGUGUUGGGCAACUGAAGGUGUCUAUAUUAGAAGUGAUAUCACAGAAAACACUGAUAAGUCAUUCCCUAUGUGGCAACAAACAAUGACUGAGGAUCUCUUAGAGAACAAUAAUACCCAGAAUAAUGACACUGAAUUAUCAACACCUGAAUUAUCAACACCUAGAAAUGAAACCAAAAAAUUAAGUAUUAUUGAACAGUCUACUUGUUUACUACAUGAACUUGUUAAGUGUAUAGAGAGUGAAGGUGAGAUAAACGACGAACUAAACAAUACACAAGAGGAAAGCACGAAGAUUGAGGAAGGUUGUGAGCCGCUUAUCACCAAAGACAGACAGAAUGGCACUUGUGUAUUCGGCCACGAUGGAAGAUGUCUUCCUCAAGAAUAUGUUAUGAGAGGGCAGGAGAGAUAUGUUUUGACUCAAGCUGAUGAAGGCUUUUGGUGGAUUGUGGAUGAUAAUGAAGUAUAUGCUGUGAGUGAAGAUGCUGGUCUGUGCCCUGACCAGCUGUUUCCAGAGAGCAAGUGGAUUUCAGUGAAUGAUAUGCAAACAGAUUCAAAUAUUAAUGUCACUUGUAUUGAACGGGAUUCUCCAGAAGGAGAAACGAGUUAGUAAAUAAUAAUGAUUCUUCAUCGCCAUACACUUAUCCAUAACCGUUUGCCCAAUUUCUGUGCCAUGCAAGGCACAAAAAUUUCUCGGUAAAUCAUUCAUCACUGCACUUGAUGCACUUUUACCAUUUGAGCCUUAAAACAAUGCAUGAAGCAUUUAUUCAGUAGUUCUGUAAUAUCUCAUCGGGCAGUAACUUAAGAAUUUAAAUUUGAUAAGACUUAAGAAAUUCCAAACAGGCAAUACAGACCAAUUAUGAAUUUAGGGCAUGCAAACUAAUUUGACACACAUUUAUAAUGCAGAACCUAAUUUUGUCUACUGUAAGUGAACUGGAACUGCUGAGUAGGUAUUUGGCUAUCUGUAGUUUGUGUAUCUCUUAACAAAAAACAGGAGAGGGGGGGAGCAAAUGUGAUAAGUGAAUAAGAGUAGAGAAUUAGGUAAUGAUGCCAUAAUGCAGGCUAUAAGAGUGAAUAUAACACACCAUGAUAUAUCUCAGGAAAUGGCAAACUUCAUAUUACUUUCUUCUAAGAAUUAGCUAAUAGAUUUUAAAAAUGUAUAUAUUGUACAUUUAAUAUAAGACUAAUUCCAUGUCCUUCUCUUUUAAAUGAAUAUUGUAAUAUCCUGCAAAAAUUCAAAUAAUACAACACAGCAUCAGGUUCUUCUCAGCCAAAAAUUUUAUUUUCAUAGCUGGAUAUAAAUUCAUUAAUGCCUUCAUUAUUACAUGUGCACUCUGCUUAUUCAGAAUGUGCCACACCAAAUCCUAGUGACUCCAUUUAGAUUUCAUAUGAAUGAUAUUUAUAUUGUACUUGUAUAACAUUAAGAAUUUAUACCACAGCUGUAUUAAUAUACAGUAAUUUAUAGGGCUAUCAAGAUAAUAAAAGUGAGAGAUGAAUAUAUUUGUAGGGUAAAAUUAAAAUCACAUGAAAGAUAUCAUUAUUAUAU